CAGACAUGCCACCAGCCAGGGAGACUGCACAUACAACUCCGUGUGUUUCAUUAGCAGGUGUUCUCAUGUGCAAAUGUAUGCCCACAUGCAUUUUCAUCUUAAACAAAACCUGGAAUUUCAUCAGACCGGGUGGUGCCUCGGGGACAAGUGCGCUGCUGUGUGCCGCUGUGCACACAUCAUGCACCCUGCUCUGGGAUGCACAUCCGAGCCGUCCCUUUGCCCAGCAGUAUGCCCACCAUGGGUCCCGAGCCGUGGGCUGCAGAGAGCACCGAGCCCACCUGCACGACGGCACUCAGCUGCCACGGCAGCACCCAGCUGCCCACCGAGCCCAUCCUCAGCCCAGCCCAGGCUGUGGGUGCCGGCAAUGCCUGCCAGACCCCCGCUGCUCCCAGGUGACAGCUGUGCCAUGCUGGGGAUGGCCGGACAUGGGCACUUCGAGUACCUCGUGGAGCUGCUGGAGUGGGGCAAGGUUGCUACCAAAAGUAUUGAAAGAGAGCUCAUCUGCCCAGCAUGCAACGAGCUGUUCACCCACCCGCUGAUCCUUCCUUGUCAACAUAACCUGUGUCACAAGUGUGUGAAAGAUAUACUGUUCACAGUUGAAGACUCGUUUGCUGACGCAGGUUCUGAAUCCUCAAAUCAGAGCAGCCCGCGGUUCCGAAUCUCUUCUGCUAGCAUGGACAAGAUUGACAGAAUUAGCAGAUCAGCCUCACAGAGGAGGUCUUUUGGUUGGAGAGGCAGAAAACGCAACUCCCUGACUCCCAGAACAACUAUGUUUCCUUGUCCUGGCUGCCUGCAUGAUAUUGAUCUUGGAGAACGUGGUGUCAAUGGCUUGUUUCGGAAUUUUACUUUGGAAACAAUUGUGGAACGACACAGGCAGGCAGCCAGGGCAGCCAUAGCCAUCAUGUGUGACUUCUGCAAACCUCCACCUCAAGAGUCCACAAAGAGCUGCAUGGACUGCAGUGCAAGCUAUUGCAAUGAAUGUUUUAAGGUACACCAUCCCUGGGGAACAGUAAAAGCUCAGCAUGAGUACGUUGGACCAACCACCAACAUCAGACUUAAGGUACUGAUGUGCCCAGAACAUGAAAUGGAGCGAGUUAACAUGUACUGUGAGAUCUGCAGAAGGCCUGUCUGUCAUCUUUGUAAACUGGGUGGAUCUCAUGCAAACCACAGAGUAACAAUGAUGAGCACUGCCUAUAAAACUCUGAAGGAAAAGCUUUCAAAAGAUAUAGAGUACCUCAUCAGCAAGGAAAGCCAAGUAAAAGCUCACAUCUCACAGCUGGGUCUGCUGCUGAAAGAAACAGAGAGCAAUGGGGAAAGAGCUAAAGAAGAGGCAUCUCAGAGUUUUGAGAAAUUAAUUAAUAUUCUGGAAGAGAAGAAGUCUGCGGCUCUUAGGGCAAUUGAAGUGUCUAAGAAUUUAAGGCUGGACAAAUUGCGAACCCAAGCAGAAGAAUAUCAAGGUCUCCUGGAAAAUAGUGGCCUUGUAGGAUAUGCUCAAGAAGUGCUUAAAGAGACUGACCAGUCCUGUUUUGUUCAAACAGCAAAACAACUUCACGUCAGAAUCCAAAAAGCUACUGAAUCUCUGAAGAGCUUCCGGCCAGCAGCUGAAAGUUCUUUUGAAGAUUUUGUGGUGGACACAGCCAAGCAAGAAGUGAUCCUUGAUGACUUAUCCUUCUAUUCCAAUGGUCUGGAAAUACCAGAAAUCAAUGAGGAGCAAUGCAGAAUGUAUAACAAAGCUGUGAUCAGUUGGGAAUCCUCUGGGAAGACAGACUCUGCUGAUAUGUAUGUUCUUCAGUAUCGUAAGCGUAAUAGAGAAGAGGAGAGUGUGAUGUGGCAGGAGGCUGAAGUUUACAGCAAGAGCAAAGUCAUAUCUGAUCUUGAUGAUGACAGUAGCUACGCCUUUAGAGUUCGAGGAUAUAAAGGGUCCAUCUGUAGCUCUUGGAGCAAAGAAGUUAUUUUGCGUACACCUCCUGCUCCAGUUUUUAGCUUUCUUUUUGAUGACAAAUGUGGGUACAACAGUGAACGUCUCCUUCUGAACCCAGAAAGAACCACCGUGGAAAGCAGGGCUGGAUUUCCUUUACUGCUAAGAGCUGAACGCAUGCAGUUUGGAUGCUACACAAGCCUGAAUUACAUCAUUGGUGACACUGGUAUUGCCAAAGGGAAGCACUUCUGGGCUUUUCGUGUGGAAGCCUAUUCUUACCUGGUUAAAGUGGGAGUUGUUUCUAGCACCAAGAUACAGAAGUUUUUCCACAAUACGCAUGAUGUGACCAGCCCAAGAUCUGAGCAAGACAGUGGUCAUGACAGUGGGAGUGAAGAUGCCUGUUUGGAUUCAUCACAGCCUUUCACACUGGUCACUUUGGGCAUGAAGAAGUUUUUCAUCCCCAAGGCCGCCGCUGACACGAGGGCAGCUGCUGACCCCAAGGAUCCAGCAAGCAGAAUCCUUCCCCUGCCCUCCUGCAUGGGGAUCUGCCUCGACUGUGACAACGGCAAGGUGGGCUUUUAUGAUGCCAGCCACAUGAAAUGCCUGUACGAGUGUGAGGUGGAGUGCUCAGGCAUAAUGUACCCAACAUUUGCCUUAAUGGGUGGUGCAGCAAUUCACCUAAUGGAAGCCAUCCCAGCAAAGUACUUGGAAUACCAAGAUGACCUGUAGGCUACUGAUCUCCUGGUGCUGUUCCGAAAAUAAAAACAAGAGCAGAAGCAUUUUACCUUAGUUUUCAGUCCUGAUUCCAAUACAGUAUACCUAAGUGCUGGUCACACUUCUGUGUUGCUUUUUUUGUUUGUUUGUUUGUUUGUUUGUUUAAAUGAACAGUCCAGACAUUUCCAACAAAAGGAAAUGUUCUUCCAGGAACUCUCCUGCCUUUCUUGUGAUCUGUGUGAUGGUGAUCUCCACAAGCUUUCCUCCUAGGGAGGGUGGGGAGGAAGUUUGACUAACAACCAAAACUACUCUUCAGGGAUACAAAUCUGCCUUUUAUGUAACAUAGAUUCUUAGAUAGUCAGUUUUGAGUUUAACAGACCAAACUGACAGCAUAUGAUUGCCAUUAUUCUUUGAGAUACCUGUCUUAAUGCAUCUGCAGGAUCAAAAUUGCACUAACAGAAUAAAAAGCAGCGAGAAAUGAAAACUGCAGGUGAACAUUUAGGCUGUAUUUGGAAGGAGGACGUUAAACUAGAAACUUUAUUUUAUGUCAGUGUAAUGUAACUGUAAGCUGAAACUAGUUCUAACGCCUGAUGUAUAGUUGAUGGUAUAAUUGUAAGUUCCUGUACUGUUCCAGGCCUUUAGUGUAGACAUAAAAUAUAUAAAGUGCAAUUUGACCCGAAGUGUCAGACUUCCAAGUCUGAUAUCCGAAGUUUUUGCAUGUGUGAGUAGUAGUACCCGGUUAUAGGCAAAAGUGAAUGAGUACUUGACAUGACUAAUAACAUGCAAACUUAAAAAUUCAUGUAUUUCUGUUAAUACAUGUUUUUCUAAGUUAAUUUUUUAAUCUAACAAUGGCUUUCUAGUACGAAUGAUAAAAUGCACUGAUUCAGUUUUAAGACCCAAUUUCUGCUUCGAAAGGCGUCUCCGUUCAGAUUUCUGUUCCUCUCGUGUUAAAAACUGUAUCAUGUUGUAGUGCUUGCAUCUGUUUGGAAGAAAUUUACACAAACAGAAAUCAAACGUUUGAGUCACUUCAACUGUUAAUUGUGAAAAAAUAAGGUUCUGAAGCAAAGGACAUUUCUAAAAUACACUCAAUUUUUUUAUGAAUUUGGGGAUAUAAUGUUGCAUCUUGAUGAAUGUGAAGUAUGUUUACUGAGUACCUGUAUAUAGCUGUAGAGCAAUGGACUGUGACCUGAAAAUUGCAAGUGGCACCACUGGUGAUGGAUUGACCGUUUGUCUUUAUCUUAGAGGUCUUCUCCAAAUCUUGUGAUUCCUUGAUCCUCGCAUCUUAGGAGACUGACUCUCUAGCUGUGAAGGACGGUGAAAAGAUUUGGGAUUUUCUUCUUUAUGUAAUCUUAAAACUUAUCUUUUUGGUCCAUACCAGAUAUUAAACUGAUGAGGACAAAUUUUCUUCUGUAGAAUUUUCCGCGUGAUCCUAAUGGUUAGCUCUGAACAAGUUGCACGCAUGCAAGGCUUCCCCAUCUGAUGUACUGUUCUGCGUUUAAUAAGAUUGAGUCUCUUCUGCCAUCUUGCCUCAUCACUUGGUACUGAGGGCUUCCUGCAGCUCUCUGGUCUUUUGAUUGUUUUGAGUAAUUUUAUAGUGAACACAAAUCUUUUCCAAAUCUUGCAGCAGCUUAAGUUAUAGUGAGACUGAGCAGUUUUGUUCCCACUGUUAAAAAUGUAUUGUUCCUCCAAUUUUGUUAUUCGGCCACUGAAAGCCCUUACAUUUUUGUAUGCUCUGCUGACUGGAAGACAACUGGGUGACAGCAACGACUUUAUGAACUCAAGUUAUUAAUCAGACUCAGAAGGCAAGAUCCCCUUUUCUUUAGCUAUGGCUUAUCCCAAUGUGUAAUUUUCAUUCUUCCAUUUAUCUACCAAAUCUAAUAUCAGCUUAAAGCUAGAGAUUGUAGGGUUGGAUUUCCUAAUCUCUUAUCCCAGAUCAAAUCUCGUUCUACAGCUAAAUAUCUCGUUUUUAAUUCUAUUGUUUCAGAAGUUGUUCUAAAUUAUAGGUGUUAUGUCUCAGUUAGCACUCCAUAGUUCCACACCUGGAUCUUUGGAAGCAUCUGGACCAAUAUGACCAGGCUUUAGCAUUUCGUUACUUUAUGAAAAUAGUCAUAAAAUAGCCACACCAUCUUAAAUGUGAAGAUAAGUCAGUCUGAGGGGCUAUCUUUUAAAAGAAGGGGGGAAAAAAAGGUAGUGGUUUAAGAAAACAGAAGUAAAGGAAGAAGAAUUCAGUUUUUUCCUAUUAUAUCUUUGCCUAACAUUCAUUUAAGAUGUGCUCUGCUAUGCAAUUACUUAUUCGACUGGACACAGGCUGAUACUACUUAAAACAUUUACUUGCCUUUUGGUAUGUAAGUAUCUCAUUCAGCAUUUUAAAAAUGGUAUGGCUUUUGGUGUAGAAUACCUUGGAUGUGUUCAUCACAGUACUGUGUGGUGCUUGCUCCAGUUUAUUAAAUAGAAGCUUACUGUCAGAGGCAAAUGAUUUUUUCCACCUGUCAGAGAUACAGUUCAGUAGUACAUGCCUACACUGACACUUAUUUUCCAAAACAACUUUCUUCCUACAAAACAGCACUUUACAAUGUGGACUAAGCUAAGAAUGGUGUGAUGUUGUGUGGAUCUUUGUGCAAUAUAGCUGUCUGGUGAAUACUGUGUGAUUUGCAAAGCUCCAUUCAGGUGUGAAUCAUGUAGACCCUUCUUAAGUAUCUAAAGCUUUAACAAAAAGGCCUUAUUUAAAAAUACUCUGAAAUGUAAAUGUGAUGUCAGCUGUUUUUUUCUAAAUAAAAGCUGAGAAUACUGUA